AACGUUAUAGUGCGUACUAAAACUCAGAAACUUUAAUUCAGGUUACGUUACAGUAAAUGGAAAAGGUGGACAUAACGCUACACGUUGAGAUUGACGCUAGUAAACUUGUCGGCAGGCUAACGCUAACGCUAGCAACGUAAAUGAUAAGUUUAUUGAAGAGUUCAGUGAAUGCGUGAUCUAAACACUUGAUACAGUGUGACAUUUGCCCCUUUUAAAAUGUAUUUAUUAAGCUCGUGAAGAUAACUAAACUAGAUACCGAAGCCUUAGGAAGUUGUUAUUACUGUUUACAAAUGUUGUGUGCGGAAGCAGAAGGCUUAUAUGUGCCGUGAAGUCCGCGUGUCGUUGCCAGAGCAACCGCGGCUCGGGCGCUUCCUCAUCGCUCAGAAAGCUCUGGAAAUGAAGACAAGACGGGGUCAGUUCUGGAAACUUCGAGGAGUAAACUAGCUAUAAAAGGAGCCGGCGCAGUAGUGAACUCGACCACAACUACUGCGGAGCGUUACCGCUAGCAAUAUCAUAGUCUAGUUUUAUUUCUGCACGAUAUUACUGAGCCAUUAGCUGGGUCGUCGCGAUGGCUGUCGUGGGGUUUGAUGUCGGCUUUCAAAACUGCUACAUCGCUGUGGUCAAGAGCGGCGGGAUUGAAACGGUGGCAGAUGAGUUCACAGAGCGGUGUACGCCAGCCGUCGUGUCGUUUGGUUCAAGGAGCAGAUCUGUUGGUAACGCUGCAAGAAACCAGAUUAUUACCAAUCCUAGGAACACUGUGUUCAAUUUCAAGAGGCUUCAUGGCAGAUUGUAUCAGGACCCUGUUGUCCAAACAGAGAGAGCCAAUUUACCGUACGAUUUGGUACCACUGCGUGGUGAUGAUGAUGAUGAUGAUGCUGAUGGGAGAGUUGGUGCAAAGGUUUUUUACCUGGAGAAAGAGCACCAGUUUAGUGUUGAACAGGUUACUGCCAUGCUACUGACUAAGAUGAAAGAGACAGCAGAGGCCAGCCUACAGAAGAAAGUAGUUGAAUGUGUCAUCUCAAUCCCUUCAUUCUUCACUGAUUCAGAGAGGAGGUCUGUGCUGGAUGCUGCCAAGAUUGCUGGCCUGAACUGCCUCCAGCUGAUGAAUGACACAACAGCAGUGGCACUGAAUUAUGGCAUAUACAAGGAAGACUUCCCAGACCCCAACGAGAAGCCUAAGGUUGUGUUCUUUGUCGACAUGGGCCAUUCAGCCUUUCAGGUUUCCGCCUGCGCGUUUAAUAAAGGGAAGCUGAAGGUGCUCUCCACUGCUUUUGACCCAUAUUUGGGAGGCCGCGACUUUGAUCAGAGGCUGGUGGAGCACUUCUGUGCCGAGUUCAAGUCUAAGUACAAGUUGGAUGUGAAGUCCCGGGUCCGCUCAGUGCAGCGGCUCUGGCAGGAAUGUGAGAAACUUAGGAAGCUGAUGAGCAGCAACUCUACUGACAUUCCUCUCAAUAUGGAGUGCUUCAUGGACGAUAAGGACGUGACGGGGAAAAUGAACAGGGCUAAAUUUGAAGAGCUGUGUGCUGACCUGAUCGAGAGAGUGACGGUUCCCCUAGUGGCUGUUCUCAAGCAGGCACAGGUGCAGCUGCAGGACAUCAGCGCCGUGGAGAUUGUGGGCGGAGCCAUGCGCAUUCCCGCUGUGAAGGCCCAGAUCAGCAAGUUCUUCAGAAGGGAUGUGAGCACCACGCUCAACGCAGAUGAGGCAGUGGCCAGAGGAUGUGCAUUACAGUGUGCCAUGCUCUCCCCUGCAUUCAGAGUGCGAGAUUUCUCAGUGACAGAUGUUAUACCAUUCCCCAUCUCUCUGUCCUGGAGCAGCGGAGCAGAUGAAGCCAUAUCUUGUCAUGAGAUAUUUGGUAAGAACAAGCCUUCACCAUCUUCCAAAGUUAUCACAUUCCACAGAAACAGACCCUUUGUUUUAGAAGCCUUUUAUUCGGAUCCUGGAUCCCUGCCAUUCCCUGAGGCCAAGAUUGGUGUGUUUAAAGUGCAGUGUGUCCAAGACCAGCACAAUGGAGAGAAAUCAAAGGUGAAGGUCAAAGUUCAGGUAGACGCCAGUGGCAUUAUGAGUGUCACUUCGGCCACCAUGGUGAAGAGGGUCAGCUCUGCAGACACUCAGGCAGACCCCGAAGAAAAAGACACUGAAGAAAUCAGCAUCCAUGAUGGCCUGGAUGACUCUGAGGGACAGGACAAGACACAGGUCCGGCUAGACAUAGAAAAGCAGUCAACAGUCAAGUGUCCCUGUACGGACAAAGACCCGAAUCUUGCUUACACACUGCGUGCUGCGAACGCAGAGCCCAACAGUCAACCCCCCAACCCCAAAAAAGCGAAGAUGAAGGUCAAACACAUGCCGGUGCCUAUCGAGGAGGAAAAGACACUACAUCUCACCAAGGAUUGCCUUAACACCUUCAUAGGCUUUGAGAACCAAAUGAUCCAGCAAGACCAACAGGAGAAGGAGAGGAACAAUGCCAAAAACGCAGUGGAGGAGAACGUGUACUUCUAUCGACACAAACUGGAAGGGCCCUAUCGCACUUUCCUGAGUGCUGAUGACCAGCAGACAUUCUCUGGGCUGUUGAAUCUCAUAGAAGCGUGGUUGUAUGAUGAAGGAGCAGACCAAGACAAGCAGACAUAUCUCCAUAAACUAGCAGAAAUUCACAAGCUGGGUAUGCCUGUAAAAGACAGAUACCAGGAGUCUGUGAAGAGACCCAAGAUGUUCGAGGAGCUCGCAGCCAAGAUACACAAAUACAAGGCAGUCAUGGAAGAGUUUACAAACGGGAGUGAGUGCUACAUCCACAUCGAUGAGUCAGACAUGGAGAAGGUGAGGGCAUGCGUGAAGGCCACGCACGAUUGGCUGACCACUAUGAAGUACUCCCAGGAGCAGCUGAAACCAGAGGACGAGCCAGCAGUGCACAGCACACAGAUCUAUGAGAAACUGCAGACUCUGGUGAAUGUAUGUGAAGAGGUGGUUUCCAAGCCCAAGCCAAGAGUGGACUCUCCUGCUGAAGACAGCAUGCAAGUGGACCAUAAUAGCAAGAAGAGUCCAGACAGUGUAACCACAGAGUUUGACCACAUUUUACAAAAUGGAGAAAAAAACACCUGAGAAGACUCAAAUCAGCCUGUGAAGCAAUGGACACGCUCGUGUGUGUGUGUGUGUGUGUGUUUUUCACAUCUGUCUUUUGAAAGUCAUAGUUGUAAUCCCUGCUCUAUAGUGUGUUCACUCUGUUGUAGAGUACUUGUCUGUACUUUUUCUUAAAUUGUUAUGAACCUUUUUUCAUUUGCUUUUGAUAUAACAAAGCUGAGUGGAUGCUUAACCAAGUAAAUUAAUUUAUAAGAAAUGCGUGUCAACCAUUUUUGGGUACAGGUUUCAAUCCAACCUCUCCAUUGUAAGCUUACAAAUUUCACAAACCCAAGUGCAUGUUCCCCUACAAAUAGAAAUAAAACAAACUGCUCUUAAA